AUGGCAUUCUUGAGAGUGUUAAGUUGCAAUUUGAUAUUCAUCGUAGCGGUAGCUGUUAUUAAUAAUAAUUUUGAUUUGCCUGUACCAUUGGUGACACUCAACAUAUCACCGUUACAUUACUACAUCAAAUUUAUGCUAUAUGUCAACGAUGAUAUAUUCUAUGGCGAAUGCAAUGUCAGCAUUUAUAUUCCUUAUAAAAUGCCAAGUAUAUACAUUGAGACGGAAAAUUUGGGUAUAACUGAAAUUAUAGUAACAGAAAAUACACAAAUAUCUAAAGGAAAUGAAGAAAAAGUUUUUGCCCAUAGACCUAAGAAAUUAAUCCAUGACACUGAAACAUAUGGAACCCGCAUUUGUUUUUUAUAUGAUUUACCACGAGGAUAUCACACUCUGAACAUGAAGUUCAUUGGACUUUUAGCUGAAAAUGGAGGCUUUAGAACUUUUUAUAUGAAUCAACAAUAUAACAGAGUGUGGUUGGCCGCAACGCAUUAUCAAACAUUUAUGACUCGAAGAUUAUUUCCUCUUUUGAAGGAUACUGGAUAUGUUAGUUAUAACAUUUCUAUAAAGCAUCAUAAAAAUUACACGGCUUUAUCAAAUAUGCCCGUAAGAGCAGUGAAUAUAGACAUAAAUAAUAUGAUAUGGUCACAUUUCGAAAGUAUUCCCAUAAUGCCUGAUGAUUUCGGCCUGAUGAUAGCAGCGAAUGUGGUACAUGUCCGCUUUAAUCAAGAUACAAAAAAACACCAGAAACAAAUCAUAUCGCGAUUCCGAAGUUGUUAG